CAUCAUGUGAAGGUGCCAAGCGAGAGAGUAAGAGAGCAUGCAAUGGUGUAGGUGACACAGAGCUCCUCCCUUUCACUCUUGCUCUGCAUGGAGGCUAUUUUUGGCCCACCUGAGACAGUUCGAGAGUCUCAAAUCAAGAGGCCAAAUCAAAACAACCACAGCACCUCCACCAACUUGUUACAGCGCUGACAUAACUCCCUGCUGGACAUAAGACGAUUCCUGCAAGAAAAGAGAUUACAUAUUUAUAAUUCUGUCUGCCUCUGAAAUUUAGUUCACUUGACCGAUAUGACCUCAAAUGAAGAGGAGAAAGAUCCUGAAAUUGAGCUUUUUGUGAAGGCAGGCAGUGAUGGAGAGAGUAUCGGAAACUGUCCUUUCUCUCAAAGGCUGUUUAUGAUUCUGUGGCUCAAGGGAGUCGUGUUUAACGUCACCACUGUAGAUCUGAAAAGGAAACCAGCUGAUCUUCAUAAUCUCGCCCCAGGAACACCUCCACCAUUCCUUACCUUCAAUGGAGAAGUGAGGACAGAUGUCAACAAAAUAGAAGAAUUCUUGGAAGAGAUGCUAGCACCGCCAAAAUAUCCAAAACUGGCUGCAAAGAACAAGGAGUCGAAUACAGCAGGAAAUGACAUCUUUGCGAAGUUCUCGGCCUACAUUAAAAACACAAAGCCAGAAGCCAACGCAAGUUUGGAGAAGGGGCUACUGAAGGCUCUGAAGAAACUAGACAGCUUCCUGAACUCCCCUCUGCCGGACGAGAUUGAUGCAGAUAGUACAGGGGAGGAGACGUGGUCCAACCGCAAGUACUUGGACGGCAAUGAAUUAACGCUUGCAGACUGCAACCUACUCCCUAAACUACAUGUAGUGAAGGUGGUUUCAGAGAAAUACCGUAACUUUGAGAUACCAUCAGACUUGAGUGGAGUUUGGAGAUACAUGCAGAACGCGUACGCCCGUGAUGAAUUCAUCAACACGUGUGCAGCAGACAGAGAGAUUGAACUGGCCUAUCAGGAUGUGGCAAAGCGACUUGGCAAAUGAAACAUGUAAAUAUUUUACAGUGACUCUAACACACUUAUGCAAAACUGCUGGAAAGGAUAACCUUCCUCUUUAUUAAAGAUUGUCCUGGCAAGUUGAAAUUUCCAAGUAUUAACUCUGAGCAGUUCUGAGCAGAAUUUGCCUCCAGGACACCAUAUUGGAUUGGUCCUUUAAUGCUUGUGUUAAACUGUUGCCAGCUCCCAUGAUGCUUGUGUGUUCUUACAUACUAUUGCCAUUAUUUUUACUAGCUCCUUUAUCAGCAUCACUGUCUAUGAUGGUCUUGUGCCGCUCAUUCGUUAACUUCAUGAUAUAAUUUAAUUGCAGUAUUUAUUUUUUCAUCAUUGGGAUGUGAAUUUGAGCUGUUAGUAGUAGAAAGGAGUUUUCUUGUUAUUUUGCCAGCUGUUGGUAACAUAAAUACAAAUGUGUGCUUUAUCUGAGAUGAUGACAUGAAUAUGUUAAUAUUAAUAAUAAUAUGUGUAAAUCCCUACAGUAAAAAAAGUGAGGAAAGAGAGUUGAUCUUAAGUCAAAGCCACCACAUAAAAUGGGCAAAUAUUUAAGUCUCAGGUACUGUAUAUCUAGCCCUUCUG